GUAAAAUAAGUUGUGGAAGAUCAAACUGAUUUGAUAUAAUUUUUUUUGUGAACUUUGUAGACCAGAAAUGUUUCUAUAGCAAAACCAACUUCGGCGUGACACUGCAGUCAUUCGCCUGCACGUUUAUCGAAAUAUCAGCUAUUUGGCGAAAUGGGGAAUUCCACUAUCGAUUCUGAAGGAUUUGUUGUGGUAACAAAGAAGAAAUCUGCCAAAGCAAAACGUUUAUUGAACACUUGCCCUCUCACAACACUUGUGGCUGAAUCUGUUGAACUGGAUGCUUGUUUAAAGAGCAUUUUAAAAGCCAAAAGAGAUGUUGAGUCUUCAAGCUUCUAUAAUAGCUUCAUAACAGUUUUAGCUGGUAUUACAAAGGAACCUGACAAAUCUCUUGCAGAAAUAGUUUGUUUUGGACUUGGACGUAUAUCAUCAUGUAAGGUAGCCCAACACCAGCUGGGAUUACUACUACUAUUGGGAGAACAGUUUCACUGCCCUGUAGAAGUAUUUGAUCCUGUCUUUGGUUCAGUCGAGGAAAAUAUCAUCAAAGAGUUAAAAUUGAAAUUAUCACCAAACAAUUGUGAAGGAAAAAGAAAACCAGUUUUAUCUGGUGGUUGCACUUUGUUUGUCUUCCCUCAUUGUCCAAAGGAACUUAGCAAUAACCUCCUUUACACCAACUGGAACCCAAAACACAUUGAGCACUGCAUUCUGUAUUCCAACAGCUUUGAAAAAAUUCGACUUGAUACACCCUUUCGUUUCUUGAAAAGCUAUCACUAUCUGCUACAGUCCCAAGAAAUCGUCGAAGAAGUGCCAGUGCCCAAUAAUUUCCACUUCCUUGACAUUUUCAACGAUCUUAGUCUUCAUUAUUUCCCCAGCCAUUUAGCAAUUAACGUUCAAUCUUCGUUUUGGGAAUCACCUGAACCCAACUACCCAGCCUCUGAAACAGAAUUUGUUGGGACUAGCUAAAAAUACGGGUUACAAAAUACACUGAAAAAAGUUAUA